AUCAGCACGCACUCUGCCCCUCUCGUGCUCUUGCAAACCGAUUCUUGUUCUCUUCUUCGCGAUGCAAAGCCUCUUUGCAGGCAAAAACAAGAUCUAGAGAUGUUUCGGCCUUCGGCACACUGCCUACCCGAAGCUCGCCUUUCUACUUUCUUUGACCCCUCACAGCCUCGCGAUUCAUUCUCAGACGCCGAAAUCGAGGAUAUCAAACUUCUGCUUCUACGAUGUUCCCACUACAAUUAUGCUAGCACUACUCCCCGCACAUUUAUUGUUCUUUGCCAUAUUGGUGAACUCCAAGUUCUCCGUCAACUUCUUGCGGAAGAAUUUGAAGAUUCAUGGUUUCCGAUUGGCAAGCGCAGCUUACCGAGCUUCCUCGACCCACGGAUCAAGGCUGCCAUUGUGGAGCACCAGCACAUCAUCUUUACCAAAUCAAUCGAUCUAGAAAAGGGUAUCCAUUGCUAUCUAGAUGCAACCGAGGAACUACCUUUUACCCGCAUAGCAUACAUCGGCAGUGGCUCAUAUGGCCAAGUGUCUCGAAUCGAGAGCAAGGUUACAUGCAGACCUUACGCUUUGAAGACCAUUCGACGUCGUGCAGCAUACGGCACGAAAUCACGCCAUGUUAUGCGAGAAUUUAUCAGCGAGAUGAAGAUCAUGAAACGCUUACGACAUCAUCAUAUCGUUCAGUACGUCGGCAGCUACACGGACAAGAAAGAUCUCGGUCUAAUCAUGAGCCCUGUCGCAGACUGCGACCUUGCUGAAUAUCUCGGUAGAUACUGCGCACAACCUAAAGAGUAUCACACCCUUCGAACAUUCUACGGCUGCCUAGCUUCAGCUCUUGCGUACCUGCAUGACCAUCGCAUAAAGCAUAGGGAUAUCAAACCGCACAACAUUCUGGUUUACAAGGCGUCUGUUCUGCUCACAGACUUCGGACUUUCUCACGAGUCUCUGGACACCACGUCCGGAACAAAACCUGGAACUUCCCGAUACCAAUCACCAGAAGUGGCAGCUUUAGACAAACGCAAUGCAACAACUGACGUAUGGUCUCUUGGUUGUGUGUUCCUAGAAAUGCUGGCAGCACUCAAUGGCUGUAACGUCGACCAGUUGAAGAGCUAUUACGAGCGAGUAGGCACGCACUCGACGCAUUUUCACGCAAAUAUAUCUGCGACACAACAGUUGCUCUCGCACUGGCGCACUGUAAUGGAACCACGUUGCGCAAAGCCAAUUCUCUGGAUUGAGGCCAUGCUCGUCGCAGAGCGUAGUGCCAGGCCGACAGCGGCAUAUAUUGUAGCCGAAAUCACUGCAUCAGAGGAUGGCACACGAUUUAUGUAUAGCUGCAAUGCUUGUGGCGAUGAUUUCAGUGAUUCUGAGUCCAUGUCAGCGACAAAUGACAGGCCUGUCUUGGUAACGUCUCCAGCAACCAAGUCACGCCCACGACGCCCGACAAACACGUCGCCUCGUGGCACCGUGUCGAAAAAACCCGUCCCAGUGGCCGCUCAUGAUUCAGAAUAUAACAUCGAGCAUGUUGGAUUCUUGUGCGGCGGUGAGUCGUACACGUACUGUCACCCAGUCCCUGUCCUAUUUGGAAAGUGCAUCGAGCAUAUUCUGGCAGUCGAAAGCCGACAAUUCCAGGGAAGCCUGAUAUCUCAGCCGUACGCCGGGAGCAGAUAUAAGGAGCGUUGUGCUCAGCUCAAGCGAAAAUUCCACUCCUCUCCUGAUCAUGGCAAAAGCAUCGACCUUACAAGGUACACCGUAUUCGACUGUGUAUAUGUGCUCAUCGAUUACAUCGCCUCGAUACCCGAACUUCUAGGCCGGGAGCGGACCAAAACGAAACGCUACGGGCCAAGGUUGAGAUCAGAGAAAGAUUUCGCUGUGAUCCUUGCUACUCUACCAGGGCGCAAUUUCGAGCUGAUCCUUGUCACAAUAGCAUUUUUUGCUGCCUACGCUGAGCUUGGACGCGCACAUGCAAACCUUCAAUCGACUCCCGUUCUGAGCUAUCAUGGCUGGAUCCAAAGAUUGGCUAAGCUUCUUCACGCCAUUGUUGUCAGGCCUCUUGAAUUGGGCGAUAAAUUGAGCAUUCAGACGCUGAGACUGGUGCUGAAGACACCACUUAGAUUCAGGAGUAUUGCAAUGGCGGAGAGAUCAAAGCGAGCGCAGACUCGUGAUCAAAUCCCCUCUCAGCCUCUAUUUCGCAAGCAGGUUGGAGCACCUGCUGCAUACGAGUCUGGUCAGGAUAAGUCAGGAAGUCAGUCAUGGUCAAGGUGCGCAACGGAAGGUGAAGAAUCCGAGCAGAACAGCGACAAAGAAGCAUGGUCAAGUGAGGAUAUCACAAUUGAUGACUACGACAGCGAACAAUUUGAUGCGAUAGAUCUUGAACAGGUGCCUUCCGAAGUAUAUUCCCGCCAUACCGAGCAUUUGGUCCGUACACAAAAGGCCAUUGACCAGGUAUCGAACAGUCAGAGCUCCCGAGAAAACCCAAGCACCCCCCCUAGUUACUCAAGACGGCAUGAGAGUCGGCUGGUACAGAGACGAGGCACGACGGUAGAGACAUUGACUGUGACAGCAGCAAAGAAGCGGUUUCAAUCCCUAAAGCAGGUGCCUAUGAGGUUACAGGAGGCACCAAAAACGGACGAACCGUUCAAACCGGAGCUCUGGGGUCUGUCUGUCAGUGAAGCUGUCAAUAUCGCUGGACAUAAUAUCGACCGUAUGCCCUUCACGAUCUACGGAACAGAAGUAACUUUCUCCGGACGGGUUCCGAUCGUAGUAGCUAAAUGCAUCAAGAAGGUUCUGAGUUGUAAAAAUGAUGCAGACCACAGCGACGUAUUGUCUUCGAUCAGGCCUCUACCAAAGUGACCCCGAGCAUUUUGCACAGCUGAAGGAGGCUUUUGGUGCACCGGGUUCGUACGGCAUUGGAAUUGACUGGG